AUGCAUAGCUUCAAGACAGCUGAAGCAAGCUCCCAACUCUAUUGCCACUCCUCCUUCUUGCUUCGUGGUGACGACACCAACCGAAACCAAACGCGUUUCUCUGAUCUUGGGGAGCUUCAGCAUUCCUCUGCUGUCUUUCAACAAGAACAUGCGGUUGAUUUAUCCUCGAGCUCUAUGUAUAGUGUGAAGUCAAGCAAUGUUGUUGUUGGUAGUAGUAACAUGCAGUAUGGGACAAUGAACACGAAUCUUGGGUCUGCAGAGAUAGGUUCAACAGGGGUAGGGUGCUUGGAUACUGGGCAACAACUCAUGUACCACAAGGAAAUGGCCAUGGCCACCUUGCCUUUGGGGAAUGGUCAUGUUGAGAAUUGGGCUGAUUCAGGCAUGGCAGAUAAUAGCCAACAGACUGAUGAUACUUCCACUGAUAUUGACACUGAUGACAAAAACCAAUGCAAUAGUGUAAAGAAUGGGGCACGUGUGGUUGUGGACUCCAAGGAUCAGACAAAGUUCAAAGCAGGAGAUCAGAAGACCCUUCGUAGGCUAGCUCAGAAUCGGGAGGCUGCAAGGAAGAGUCGGUUAAGGAAAAAGGCAUAUGUGCAGCAGUUGGAGAACAGCCGGCUCAAGCUUGCGCAAAUAGAGCAAGAGCUUCAACGAGCACGUCCGCAGGGUAUAUUUAUUGCAACUCCUGGGGAUCAAGGUCAUUUGGCUGUUGGAAAUGGUGCCUUAGCAUUUGACAUGGACUAUGCCCGCUGGGUUGAUGAGCAUCAACGUCUGCUGAAUGAGCUAAGAUCAGCUUUAAAUUCUCAAAUGGGUGAUAAUGAACUACAUCUUCUUGUUGAUGGUGUCAUGGCACAUUAUGAUGAAUUGUUUAGGUUAAAGAGCAUAGGGGCAAAGGCUGAUGUGUUUCACAUGCAUAGUGGGAUGUGGAAGACACCUGCAGAAAGAUGGUUUAUGUGGCUUGGUGGAUUCCGUUCAUCUGAACUUCUCAAGAUAAUCAAGAACCACCUUGAGCCCUUAACAGAACAGCAAGUGAUGGGCAUUGAUAAUCUGCAACAGUCUUCUCAGCAGGCUGAGGAUGCUUUAACUCAAGGUAUGGAAGCAUUGCAACAAUCUGUUUUAGAGACACUUUCUUCCACCUCCUUAGGACCCACUGGUGCUGGAAAUGUUGCUGAUUACAUGGGCCAAAUGGCAAUUGCAAUGAGCAAACUUGCUCCAGUGGAGAAUUUCCUUCGCCAGGCUGAUCUCUUGAAGCAACAAACUCUGCAACAAUUGCAACGAAUUUUGACCACGCGUCAGAUUGCUCGGGCCCUCAUUGUCAGAAAUGAUUACCUUUCAAGACUAAGAGCACUUAAUUCAUUAUGGUUAGCUCGCCCUAGAGAGUAG